GAACGACUUUUAGUUAGGUUUGGAUGCGUUAACCAAUGCUGAAGACUAGGAUGAGUUUUUGACUGCUCUAGGGCUCCUCCAUCAGGGUCCCUCAACAUGAUGCCUGUCUGGGUAGCCUCCGUGGGCUACAGGCACUGUGAGACAGGGAGAGGGGUCCUGAAAUGGCUGCUGGGAAAUGUAGUGCGCAGAUAUUUUACAUCCUAUGGUUCGAGGCAGACUGGAGCUGCGGCCAAGGUGGCUCCUGUUUUUACACGAGCCCUGGCAUUUGGAGACAAGGUGGCCAUUGUGGAUGACAGUGGGAGUCACAGCUACAGAACCCUGUAUGAUAGUAGUAAAAGCUUAGCAGAGCGUAUCGCUCAAACGCUGGCUUAUUCAUCGAGGGAUAUAGAGGGCCAACGUGUCUCUUUCCUCUGCGCGAACGACGCUUCCUACACAGUGGCGCAGUGGGCAGCAUGGAUGUGUGGCGGUACGGCAGUACCCCUCUAUAGGAAACACCCGCCAUCAGAACUGGAGUAUAUUAUCACUGACUCACAGAGCUCUGUGCUUGUGGCUGGGCAGCCUUUUGCUAAUACCCUGGAACCUCUAGCACAGAAACUAGGAUUGCCCUGUCUUCAACUUCCCCCUACCUCUGACCUGGACAGCCUUACGUCUGCUACAUACACACAGCCUGAGAUGACCAUCUCAGACUGGGCUGAGAGGCCAGCCAUGAUUAUCUAUACCAGUGGUACCACAGGCAGGCCAAAGGGAGUCCUUCACUCUCAUAGCAACCUACAGGCCAUGAUCCAGGCUCUGGUCUCAGAAUGGGCUUGGACCAGAGAUGAUGUCAUCCUGCACACAUUGCCCCUGCACCACGUCCAUGGCAUCGUCAAUAAGCUGCUGUGUCCUCUGUGGGUGGGCGCCACCUGCAUCAUGCUGCCAGAGUUCAGUCCACGGCAGGUAUGGGAGCACUUGCUCAGUUCAAAAGCUCCAAUGGUGAACGUGUUCAUGGCUGUUCCCACCAUCUAUUCCAAACUGAUCCAGUACCAUGACCAACACUUUACUCAGCCUCGUGUUCAGGACUUUGUGAGGGCCAUGUGUCAAGAGAGAAUACGGUUGAUGGUUUCAGGUUCGGCUGCCCUGCCUACGCCCACACUGGAGCGAUGGAGAGAGAUAACGGGACAUGUUUUGUUAGAGCGUUACGGGAUGACUGAAAUAGGCAUGGCACUGUCCAAUCCGCUGAGAGGAACCCGUGUCCCUGGUGCAGUGGGGAUUCCCCUUCCAGGAGUGGAAGUGCGUAUCGUCAUGACAAAUGCAACCCACACGACCAUUGCUGAGGGCAACAACAGGGAGACUCAGGUACGUCCUGGUUUAGAGGGGAAGGAGGGAGAGCUGAUGGUGCGUGGCCCUUGUGUCUUUCAGAAGUACUGGAACAAACCCCAAGAGACUGCAGACGCCUUUACUGAGGAUGGCUGGUUUAAAACCGGAGACACGGCGGUCUACAGAGACGGCGUGUAUUGGAUCAUGGGCCGUACCUCAGUGGACAUCAUUAAGAGUGGUGGAUAUAAGAUCAGUGCUCUGGAGGUGGAGAGACAUCUACUGGCUCAUCCUGACAUCACAGAUGUGGCUGUGAUUGGCGCCCGAGAUGCCACCUGGGGCCAGAAGGUCACGGCCGUGGUGCAGCUGAAGAAAGGGAGGAGUUUGACUUUGCCAGAGCUGAAGGCCUGGGCCAGAGAGUACAUGGCUCCAUACACUAUUCCCACCGGUCUGAUAGUGGUGGAGGAGAUGCCCAGGAACCAGAUGGGGAAGGUGAAUAAAAAGGACCUUCUCAGACAGUUCUUCCCCAACUAAGAGCCUACAGCCGCCUGGCAGUCUGUCUGCCUGUCCUUGCUGCUGGUGCUCACUUUAGACUGGUCUUGGAUCAGUUUGACUGAUGAAUGAGGCUUAAAUACAGGACCCAAGGAGGCAGAGCUGCUCUGGGAUCAGCUUAUAAGUGGAAAAAGAAGGAAAAAGAAUAGGGUAGAGAAUGUUUAUCAUAAACUCACAAUGCUAUUCAGUGAUUCCCUGUGUUCGCCUCAUCAACUGAUAUUCUAUCAGGAUUCCAUAUGGUACCAUUGGUUCUGUGCUCUAUUGGUCUGUGAUGCACAGGAAUUCAGCUAAUUUAUAUUAUUGAUAUAUUAUAAUGAUAUAUAUGUCAUAAACCCUCAUGGAGGAAGGUACUAGUCAUUUGUGUGGAUUCUCUUAAAACAUCUGCAACACUCUAUAAUGAAUUUUGUCAGCUGAAAAUAAAUUUUACAUGUAAACAUGCUCUGUUAUUUAGUUCCUUAAUUAUAAUGAGGGACAGCCUGAUAAUGUUGGUAAUAAUAUUGACUUAUUACCAUGUAAUAGUAAUGAGAUAUU